GCAGCGCGGGCGCGAGGAAGGUGAAAACGGAGCGAGCGAGCACGAGCUGUCGGAGCCGUGGCUCGGCGAGAUGGAGGAGCUAGAUGUGGAGCCGUCGGUCACUCUUAUUCCUGGAGUGGACUCUGCUAACAGACAAUUAUGUUUUGACUGGGGACCUGGUGAGAUGCUGGUGUGUGAAACAUUGUUUGGAUCAGCAGAGUCUGAAGAGAAAAGGCUGAACUGUCCUUAUGUCUACGUUGUUCGCAAAGAUCAUGACAUCUACUCUCACACUUUGCGGAAGCUUUUCAAUGAAUCACAUGGGAUCUUUGUUGGACUCCAGAAGGAUGAGAAAGAGAAGGUUGGAAAGUCAAGGACUGCACAAUUGGUUCGAGUGAGCAAAAGCUACCGCUCGGUCAUAAGAGCCUGCAUGGAAGAUUCACAUCAGAUGGCUAGCUCAAAACAUUUGAAGGAGUGUCCUUGUUACCUUCCUGUCUGUUUUUCCCAGGUCUCCAUUUUAUCUGCGAUGGAAUUGAUCUGGAACCUCUGUGAAAUCAUGUUUAUUGAAGCAGCACCAGCUGGUUCUCUGCUGUGUCUCCUCCUUGACUGGGUUCGGCUUCACGUGUGCGAUGUGGACAACAUGGUUUGUGAACUUCUGAGGAGUGAAAAUCCAGCAAAGCACGAAAACUUCUGGAAUGUGGUAACGAUUUUUGUGCUUCAGGGCCGGAUGGAUGAGGCACGACAAUUGCUUUCGAAGGAAGCCAGUACCCAUCCGACUUCUGCGAACAUGUGCAAAAUUUUAGAUGAACUGAUGAAGAAGAUGCCCGUCCUCUGUCCUGGUAACACCCAGACUUUGACAGAGAUGGAGCUGAAAUGGCAGCACUGGCAUGAGGAAUGUCAGCGGUUCCUGAAAGAUGGGACCUUUGCUUCUCACCCUCACUUGGAGACCCUCUGCAAGAUCCUCCUGGGUGAUGAGAGCACCAUUCUAGAGAAGAAAGACCUCAUGACGACCUGGUACCAUUUCCUGGUAACCCGGCUCUUGUACACUCAUCCUACUGUGAAGCAUAUGGAACUCCAUCUCUAUGCACAGUCUAGCCUGGAUUUGUUCCUGGGAGGAGAGAGCAGCCCGGAGCCUUUAGACAGCAUCUUACUGGCAGCCUUUGAAUUUGAUAUCCAUCAAGUGAUUAAAGAAUGCAGCAUUGCCCUGAGCAACUGGUGGUUUGUGGCUCAUCUGACAGACCUCCUAGAUCACUGCAAUCUUCUUCAGUCUCACAACCUCUACUUUGGUUCCAAUAUGCGUGAAUACCUCCUGCUGGAAUAUGCUUCUGGACUCUUCUCCCAUCAUAGUUUAUGGCAACUCGCAGUAGACUAUUUUGACCACUGUCCAGAAUAUGGCAGAGCAUACUUAGAGCAUCACAUUGAACGAAUCCCUCUGGAAACAGAGCAUAAAGCCCUCAAAGUCCUGAGGAUCUGUGAGCAGCGAAUGUUGAGCGAGCAAGUUCGUAGCAUCUGUAAAACCAUGGCCAUGAAAGCUGUCCGGAAUAAUCGCCUGGGCUCAGCAUUGUCUUGGAGUAUCCGAGCAAAGGAUGCUGCUUUUGCCACCCUCGUAUCAGACAGAUUUCUGAAGGAAUACUGCGAAAAAGGCACCUUCUCGGACCUGGACCUCAUUGAUAACUUGGGCCCAUCCAUGCUGCUUAGUGAUCGACUGACAUUUCUUGGGAAAUACCGGGAAUUUCAUCGGAUGUAUGGCGAGAAGCAGUUCUUUGCAGCAGCCAAGCUGCUCUUGAUGUUGAUGACAGCUCGCAUUGCUCCAUGCUCCUUCUGGAUGACCUUGUUGACUGACGCACUUCCCCUCCUGGAGCAGAAAGAGGUAAUAUUCUCUGCUGAUCAGACGUAUGAAUUAAUGAAAUGCUUAGAAGAUGUGACAGCAUCAGAGUUAAAAAAGAAGCUGCAGGAUGAUGAUGCUGAAACAAUGAAGGUGGAAAUGUUGCGGCUUGCUCUGGCACGAAACCUCGCACGAGCCAUUGUAAAAGAAGGCACGGUGGAAGAACCAUGACAGCUGCUUAUUAGAGUAACUCAAAAACAUUGCUUUGUUUUACUGUACAUAACUGUGGCGGGGGGGUUUUCUAAGAAUAAAUGUCAUAUUUUGCAUCUC